GCGUGGCCAGGCCGCCAUGGCGCCGCCGCCGCGCUGACCGUGCCGCGCCGCCAUGGCCGGGGCCAUCGCGUCCCGCAUGAGCUUCAGCUCCCUCAAGCGCAAGCAGCCCAAGACCUUCACCGUGCGCAUCGCCACCAUGGACGCCGAGAUGGAGUUCAGCUGCGAGGUGAAGUGGAAAGGGAAGGACCUGUUUGAUCUGGUGUGCAGGACACUGGGACUGCGGGAAACCUGGUUCUUUGGGCUGCAGUACACGAUCAAGGACACGGUGGCUUGGCUCAAAAUGGACAAGAAGGUCCUGGAUCAUGAUGUUCCCACAGAGGAGCCCAAAACUUUUCACUUCCUGGCCAAAUUUUAUCCUGAGAAUGCAGAGGAGGAAUUGGUCCAGGAAAUCACCCAGCACCUGUUCUUCCUGCAGGUGAAGAAGCAGAUUUUGGAUGAGAAGAUCUUCUGUCCUCCUGAAGCCUCUGUCCUGCUGGCCUCUUAUGCUGUGCAAGCCAAGUACGGUGACUACGAUCCCAAUGUCCACAAGAGAGGCUUCCUGGCACAGGAGGAAUUGCUUCCCAAGCGGGUAAUAAAUCUGUACCAGAUGACUCCAGAGAUGUGGGAGGAAAGGAUAACAGCCUGGUAUGCAGAGCACCGGGGCAGAGCGAGAGAUGAAGCUGAAAUGGAGUAUCUGAAGAUAGCCCAGGACCUGGAAAUGUACGGUGUGAACUACUUUGCCAUCAGGAAUAAAAAGGGCACAGAGCUGCUCCUUGGAGUUGAUGCCUUGGGUCUUCACAUUUAUGACCCAGACAACAGGUUGACCCCUAAAAUCUCCUUCCCAUGGAAUGAGAUCCGGAAUAUCUCCUACAGUGAUAAAGAGUUUACAAUUAAGCCAUUGGACAAAAAGAUUGAUGUUUUUAAAUUCAAUUCAUCAAAGCUGCGUGUGAAUAAGCUGAUUCUUCAGCUGUGCAUUGGGAACCACGACCUCUUCAUGAGGAGGAGGAAGGCAGACUCGCUGGAGGUGCAGCAGAUGAAAGCACAGGCCAGGGAGGAGAAGGCCAGGAAGCAGAUGGAACGACAGUGCUUGGCACGAGAGAAGCAAAUGAGAGAAGAGGCUGAGAGGACCAGAGAUGAGCUGGAGAGGAGGCUGAUGCAACUGAAGGAGGAGGCAACCAUGGCCAACGAGGCUCUGAUGAGGUCGGAGGAGACGGCGGAUUUGCUGGCGGAGAAGGCGCAGAUCACGGAGGAGGAGGCCAAGCUCCUGGCUCAGAAGGCGGCCGAGGCCGAGCAGGAGAUGCAGCGCAUCAAGGCCACGGCCAUCCGGACUGAGGAGGAGAAGAGGCUGAUGGAGCAGAAGGUGCUGGAGGCAGAGAUGUUGGCACUGAAAAUGGCCGAGGAGUCGGAGAGGAGGGCAAAGGAGGCUGAUCAGCUCAAGCAGGACCUGCAGGAGGCUCGCGAGUCAGAGCGCAGAGCAAAGCAGAAGCUCUUGGAGAUCACUAGCAAGUCUUCCUACACACAGUCCAUGAACUCGAGUACCACAGCACUGCCCACUGACCUGCCAAGCUACAACCUCAUCAGUGAGAGCCUCUCCUUCGACUUCAAGGAUACAGACAUGAAGAGGCUGUCCAUGGAAAUCGAGAAGGAGAAGGUGGAGUACAUGGAGAGGAGCAAGCACCUGCAGGAGCAGCUCAAUGAGCUGAAGACAGAAAUUGAAGCACUGAAGCUCAAGGAGAGAGAGACAGCUCUGGAUAUUUUGCACAAUGAGAACUCCAGCCGGGGCAACAGCAAGCACAACACUAUUAAAAAGCCUCAAGCCCAGGGCAGAAGACCAAUCUGCAUUUGAGAAUUCCAAGUAGGUUGUUCCAAGCUCACCCUACAAAGCACCAAGUCCCGUGUGGCCUUCUUCGAGGAGCUCUAGGAAACACCUGCUCCGCGCCGCUGCUGCUUCCCACGGCUCUGCCCGGCCGGAGCCUGUCCCGGGGCUCCAGGGAUCACCCCGGACCCGCCCGCUGCUCCGGCCUCUGCACACCCACGGACUCGGGCCGGCUGCCCACGGACUGUGUGAUGUUCUCGAGCUUAGCAGCCGUUCAUCCUCCUCCUGACACUUUGUUUUCCUGGGUUUUCCAGCUUUUUUUUUCUUUAUUUUUCUAGCAUUGCUUCCAGGCUCGGCCCUCCAGGCGUUUCCCUGGAGCCAGGGCCGGGGCUGUGGCCGUGCCUUCCCACUCCCAGCAGAGGAGUGUGCCCGAGGGUGUCCCGGGAGGGGCUGUCACCCUCUCCCGUGGCUCUGGAGCUCGGUGUGCCAGUCUGCAGUCCCACGGGCCGGCCCUGGAGCCGGGAGCUCCAUUAGGAUCCCGAGCAUGUUCCAGUGGAGUGCUGUAAAUCAGGAACGCCGCGCUGCCUCUCCCGGAGCCCGCGGGGGUGGGAGGGGAGCCGGGAGCGGGAGGACAAGGACCCGGGGCUGGGGGGAUCCUGGGCUGCUGCCCUGGGGAGAGGAGGUGGGAGGAAGGGCUCCUCCUCCUCCUCCUCCUCCUCCCUGGGAGAACAGCUAGUGCCAACCAAAUGAAACCGUACUGUUCCUGCAAACUGUGACCAAGCCGGGCAGCUUCGGGCUGGAGGGAUCCAGGGGCUCCGGGCUGGCUUUCCCUGGCUCCCGGGGCAUCCCAGCCGCUCGGAGCCCGCCGGGAAUGCCGCUGUCCCGGGCUGGGCCCGGGGCUGCCUGCUCCUGCCCGUCCCAUCGCGGGUGCCUUUGCUCUGAACAGGGAUGCCGUGACCUUCCCUUGCCGUGUCCAUCGCAAGCCCUGUGCCCCUCCCGGGUGGAAUCCUCUUCCAGCAGCAGAGCCGGUGCUGCCCCGGGGACCCCUCCCAUGCCCUCAGGACCCCCCUGAUCCUCCUUCCCACAGCCCCACCCCACCCACAGCCCCACCGGAGGCUCAGAGUGGAGUCAAGCCCGUCCCAUCCCUGUUUAUUUAAACCCUGGGUGCGGCUCGGAUGGCUGUGGCCUGGCACAGCCGCUUUCCCAUUCCCUGAACUGUUGUACUCCGAAGGAAUAACUGUUUUCUUCCGUUUUAAUAAAAAUUCACAGCACUAGGAGGGGA